AUGUCGCACAAUUACCAUGAUGCGGGAAGCGGCAACUACGGCCAACCUCCUCCGUACUCACAGACACAGUUUGGCAGUGGACAUGGUGCUGCCAAGUAUGCCUCAGUCGACAUCCGGGAAGGGGGAGGUCGAUCUCGGCUCCAUCCCAAGACAUGGUCGCGGAAAUGUUGGAUCCUCCUCGCGAUCGGGGCCAUCAUCGUUAUUGUCAUUGCCAUUGUCGUUCCGGUCGUCGUCAGUCGCAACAAUCGGUAUCCCAACUAUUCCAGCCUCAACUAUUCGCUUGUGGCGACAUAUUCGGGCACGAGCUUUUUCGACAACUUUGACUAUUUUACGGGUUAUGAUCCUGCGUCGGGAUUUGUCCAUUAUGUCGACGCCGAAGGUUCUGCCUCGCUGAAUUUGACUUAUGCGAGCUCAACAUCUGCCGUGCUGCGCGUCGAUCUGUCCGAUACAGACACGACUACUGGUCGGAAAUCGGCGAGGAUCACGUCCAAGGACACGUACGACAAUGGACUGUUCAUUUUUGAUGUCGUGCAUUCCCCCUAUGGAUGUGCCACCUGGCCGGCCCUAUGGCUGUCGGAUCCAUCGAACUGGCCGACCAACGGCGAGAUCGAUGUCAUGGAGGCGACCAACAUGGCCCCCGUCGGCAAUCAAGUCACGCUCCACACCACCAAGCACUGCACCAUGGGGGUCAAACGCAAGGAGACGGGCAAGGCCUUGAGGUCCAAUUGUCUCAACUCCACCGACGGCGAUAGCGGCUGUGGUGUCCGAGGCUCGACUGCCACGUUCGGAGAAGAGUUCAACAACAACGGAGGCGGCGUCUAUGCCAUGGAACUUCGCGACGCCGGCAUUCGUGUCUGGUUUUUCGACCGUGACAAUAUCCCAGAUGAUAUCAAUACCUCGACCUCCAAUUCAACUAACAGCACCACAACCCCAGAUCCUUCCACUUGGUCCGAGGCUCUAGCGGACUUCCCCAGCACAGACUGCAAUAUUGCCAAUCACUUCCGCAACCAGAGUAUCAUUGUCGACAUUGAUCUCUGUGGUGAUUGGGCGGGGCAGACGGCGUAUUUCAAUACCCAGUCCGGCUGUUCCGGCACUUGUGUCAAUUAUGUCAGUGAACAGCCGGGGAGCGCGUACGAGAAUGCAUACUGGGAGUUCCGCAGUUUCAGAGUCUACCAAGCAUAA